AUGUCGCACGAAAAAUCAACUGUUGAUGUAUACGAAGCCUGUUUAAUGACUAAUGAAUAUGGUGAAACGUACUUAGAUCCAGAAAAAUGCAAGGCUAGAAACUUUGAUCCAGUAAGAGCAAGUCAAGAGCAAAGAGAAAGAAUUAGCUCAUACCUUGAAGGAUUACAAGAAACCAGCAAAGAAAAGAGAUGGCGUGUUUCAUUUAAAGCAUUCGAGUCCAUGACGUUAAACCCUUCAAGAAAAAGUCAAGAAAUUCGUUCUUUAAUUACCAAAGCAGCUAAACAUAUUCGACAUAAACAUAAUCAUAAUGAUGACCGUGGCAAAGAUGUUGGUGCCAAAGUGAAUGAAGUUUUGUUAGAACGUAGAAGAAAAACUGAAAAAGUUAAAGAGAAAAGAAUUAUAUGA